AUGAGCAAAGCCAUGAUUGGUCAUAUGGAAAUGGAAACAUCUUCAAAUGGUGUAGAUUCAAAAAUUACCGGCCAAUUCCCUUUGCGAUUCAGUGGAAUUGGAGCUUCUCCUUACCAGGGUAGAGUGGAGGUUCUCCAUAAUGGAAUAUGGGGCACAGUAUGUGAUGAUAAAUUUGGGACAGAGGAAGCAGAGGUUGUAUGUAAAAUGCAGGGACUACUAUUUAAAUUUUACAGCCAAGGAGGAACUGUCAUGCCAAGUGGGACCUUUGGCUUUGGUCAAGGCCAAAUAUGGAUAGAUGAUUUGGUAUGUGAUGGCACAGAAAGACACCUUGGUCAGUGUCAGUUUUGUGCUUGGGGUGUGACCAACUGUAAACACGAAGAGGACGUGGGGGUCCAGUGCCGGACACCAAGUACUGGUGCACCGCCCACCGUCCAACCGAACAACUGUACAACAACCCCGGCAGCCCCACAACAAUGGGAUGUGCGGAUUGUAGGUCCUGAUAACCAGAAAGGGCUUGGCUUUGUGGAGGUAUACUAUAAUAAUCAGUGGAGUGCAGUCUGCGAUGACCUUUGGGGAACAAAUGACGCUCGGGUGAUCUGCAAUAUGCUGUGUUUUGAUCCUGUGAUGGCCCGGGCUGGUUCAGUCAUCGAAAUUAACUACGUCCGUCCGAACGUUAGUUCUACCUUUGCUCUGGAUGACGUAGUUUGUCAAGGUAACGAGAACAGUCUCAGGGACUGCAGAUUUACAACUGGAGCAGCCAUUGACUGCCUGGCACCUUAUGAAUAUGCCAGUGUGACCUGCACCAAUUUAAACAACUCAGCACCAGCUCCCCCCACCCCAACCUUAGAUUGCUCAGAUGGACAUAUCAAGGCUUCUUUUAGUCGUAAGGAUGAUAGAUAUUUAGAAGAGAAGUUUCUGUGGAUAUUUAACCAGACGUCAGGUCCUUGUUACCCUAUCAAAGCAACAGGUGCUAACUUUGUGUCUAUUAGUAUACCUUUUGACGAAUGCGGCACCUUAACAACGUCAAAUGAAUCGCACAUCAUCUACACCAAUGUAAUUCAGUAUGAAUAUAAUUCAACCAAUGGGAACAGUCUAUGUGGAAACAGCGACUACAAUUCAACCAAAGCGAAUAUUAUUUGUGUGAGCUACAGAAUCGAAGUCUCGUGCGAGUUCCCUCGAGAUUUGUAUGCAUAUAAAGAAAUGCGACCCCUGAUAGAGAGUGCUACGCAUAAUGCUCCUGGAAUGUAUCGAAUCAGAAUGGACUUUUUCAGGAACAACUCAUUUAUAAGUCCUGUAUCAAAUUACCCACUGAAUCUGACUCUUGGAGAAUGGCUAUAUGUCUCUCUCACUUUGGAAAACGUCGACCAAAACCUUAAGCUGAUAGUCCCUGAAUGUGUGGCCACACCAUCUACUUCAUAUACAGACCCCACCAACCAUCCAUUGUUUAAAAACAAAUGUCAAUGUGACGCAACCCUUGGAUUCUUCCCGUGGAAUACAACCUCCUCAGGGUUUCGUUACAAAGCCUGCAAAUUUGCCCAGUUUGAGCUGGUAUACCUGCAUUGUAAAGCUUUCGUUUGUUUGUUGUCAGAGAAGACGGCAGAGUGUGACAGAAGCUGCAACUCUACUAUUGCAGGACGUAGACGAAGAGAUGUCAUUCUCAGAGCAGACAACGACAGCGCAAAAACCGACAACAACAUCAAUGAAAUCAACAGGAACGCAAAAACAAGUAACCGCACAAAAAUCAAUCACGACAAAGAAAGCAAUACUAAAUCCUACUCCAACAGCUGCUGA